AUGGAAACCUCUGGAAUCAGAGCAAUGCAAGAAGCAGUAUAUCGGGAAGGAGAGGUGUCAAUGGAGAAGGUAGACAGUUUAGAGCCAAGGCUAGACAAUGUCACUGUGCAGCACAUGCAGCUUACCAGGUCUGCAAUACAGACAAUUGACUCUUAUCAGAACCAUGACAACAUAGUACCCCUUCAAGUUUCUCUUCAGUCCCAAGGACUCCAGGGACUUACCAAUAUCCCCCCAAAUAAUUCACCCACUGAUGUAUACAAGUUUAAUUUUCAGUUGUCAAAUAUGAAUAACAAAAACCGGGAAGACCAUAACCAACAAACUGACUCAAGCUGUAGUCCUUCAGAGCUCAGUUGCAUGCAAUUGAUGCCAGAUGAAAUAGUGUGUAGAACAGCCAACUCCUAUCCAAUGACACAAGUAAGAAAGGCCCAGAAAGAGGAAGAAUUUUGCAAAAAAUUGAUAAAAAUUAGACCACGUGUAGGGAAAAGAAUGCCAGUUAGAAAAAUAACACAAAUGAUUUCAGAUCCAACGACUGAGAGAAAAAGAACAACUCCCAUUAACCCUGCAUAUACAAUUAGAAAAUCACGGGCUACCAACAGUGUCUAUCUGCGACCAUAUAGGGACAGGGUUAUUCACUUAUUGGCAUUGAAAGACUAUAAGAAACCUGAACUCCUUCUUCGACUUCAGAAAGAUGGCAUCCAAAAAAGAGACAGUAACUCCCUUGGAAAAAUUCUGCAACAAGUAGCCAAUCUGAAUACACAUGAUUUUUCAUACACCUUAAAGGAUAAUAUUUUUAAAGAGCUCCAAAGAGACUGGCCUGGGUACAAUGAAAUAGAAAGGAAAUCAUUAGAGUUGGUGCUUUCCAAAAAAGUAGGUCUAUUUCAGAAUGUCACAGGCACCAAUUACCCAGAUUCUUCUAUAAGUUCUAGUACAGAUGAAACAUCAUCUUCUCAGGAACAAUUUUACAAUUCAGUUGUUAUUGAUCCUCUUAGGAAAAAAAAAGUUAGAAUAGCUCACAUGAAAACUACAGUACAGUCAUCAUCUAAUGGUUAUUUGAAUAACAGCAGUAAAGGAUCUGCUGUGGAUCUCCCAUCACCCUCUGAAGCUACUGCCAAUCCCAUUCUUUCAGCACUAUCUGUAAUCCACUUUCCUAUUUCAAAUUCUUCUCAGCCUGUACAUUCCAACAGCAAUUCCUGCAACACUGCAAGAGAUCAGGGGAGUCAAGAUCCAUAUGUUGUCAGCUUUAGUCAAAACAGUAUCUGCGAAAAUCAGUGCGAUAAACAUAGUUCUUUGAAAACAUUAGCCCCUAUUCCAACUCAAAUAAAGUUUCGGAACCUCAUGGAAAAUAAACAUUUGAUGUCCAAUAAGUUUCAAUAUAAAAUUAUGGAGCAUAAAGUAAAUAGCCAAGAGUAUCAUAUUGAGGUGAUGGAGAAACAGAAGACAGAUUCUGAAAGACAAAGUGAAGGUGCAAAUCCAGAAUCCUGUGAAGAAGUUGAACAGGUUAGCGCUGACUCUGGGAACACUUGUUCAACAUCUGGGCUACAGGACUAUUUGACUAACUAUGUCACUAUAGUUUCCUCUGAGCAACGUCAGCAUUAUAAACAGGAAUUUAAAGCAGAAUAUGAUGAGUAUCGAGCCUUGUAUGACAAGAUGCAGACUGUAUCUAGCAUAUUUACUAACCUAGAUUCAAAAAGGAAGCACCUUCCUCCAGACUCAAAAGAAUAUGAUAAAAUUACUAAAAAAAUGUCACUAGAAUAUCAUAAAAUGAGACAGAUUCAUCCCAAUUAUUUUUCAGAAAGAUAUAGAUAUCAGUAUCUUUAUAAAAAGCUGGCUCAUAUUAAAAGAUUAAUAAAGGAUUAUGACAAGCAACAAGUACAGUAA